GUACCAGAAUCAAGCUUUGUGAGGAGGCAAGACACAGUUGUGCCGCUGGUCGUCCAUAUUAUAGUGUGGGCGCAUAAGUAUUUUCCGGACUUGGAUUUAGAAUCAACUCUGCAUACUUCUCUGUUGUACCUCCAGCAGCGUCUUAGUGUCGUCGCGAGUCCAGGAACUUGCCGGUAUAAAGGCAAGCAAGGGAAGAAAAGACUGAUAGGCAGACACAAGCAUCGAGCAUCAUGGUGGAGGGCAGAGCCGCGGUGGCCGCCAGUGCUGGGAUCUUCCUGCUGCUGUUGGCAGUCUUUGUCACACUCAUUGUGGUGUCUUUGGAAACAGGCAGUGUGAACCCCGAGGAUGUAAUCCUUCAGCAGGCCAGCAAGGACGCCAUCACUGCCACCCUCAGAUACCUGACCUCCGAGCCUCACACUGCUGCCACGGAGGUUGAUACGCAGCAGGCCCAGUGGGUGGCUGAACAGUGGCAGGAACAAGGUCUUGACCAAGUUCACCUCCUCCCCUACACUGUCUUGCUCUCAUACCCAGACCGCAACAAGACCAACGAGGUGAUUAUCGCGGACGGGUCGGGAGAGACAGUUUGGAAGUCGGAGGGACGCCAGCCGCCCUUGUGGCCGGGAGAGGAUGACCCCAGGGUGCUGCCCAGCUUCAAUGCAUACUCAGCUCCUGGGUCCAUACAGGGCAAUGUGGUGUUUGCCUUCUUGGGUCGCGAUGAGGACUUCCAGUACCUGGAAUCCAUCAACAUUUCUGUGACUGGAGCUAUCGUCCUCAUCAGAUACGGUGCCAUAUACAGGAGCAAUAAGGUACAUAACGCUGAGGUGCGAGGUGCAGGAGGUGUGCUACUGUACCUGGAUCCUGCCUCCGUCAGUCCUCUCGGCCAGAACUCGAAUGUCACCUACCCCAGCACUAAGUUCGCCCCACCUCAUGCAGUCCAAUUUGGCAACACCCAGUUAGGCAACGGCGACCCUCUCACCCCUUUUUACCCAUCUAUUGAAAGCGCCUUCAGGAUCCCAGAGGAGGAGGUGGACACUCCCAGGAUCCCAGUGCAGCCCAUCAGCUACUCUGAUGCCUACUAUAUUUUCAGCCAGCUAGGGGGAGAGGAAGCCCCUGAUGAGUGGCAGGGAGGUUUGAACCUGACGUACCGACUUGGACCAGGGCUCCACAACCACACUUGGACCACGACCCUCACAGUAUACACCCACGCCGCCAACGCCACUAUUUACAACGUCAUAGGCACCAUCACAGGCAGUGUGGAGCCAGACCGAUACGUUGUGUUGGGCAAUCACCGCGAUGCUUGGAUCUUCGGUGGAGUUGACCCGUCGUCGGCCACCGCCGCUCUCCUCGAAGUGUCCAGACUCUUUGGUCAGCUGACCCGGGAUGGGUGGCGGCCUCGCAGGACGCUGGUCUUCUGCAGUUGGGGCGCUGAAGAGUAUGGUCUCAUAGGCUCCACGGAGUGGACAGAGCAGUUCACUACACACCUCAAGAGUCGAGCCAUCGCCUACCUCAAUGUUGACAUGGUAUUUGAUGGAACUUACAGUUUCAUCUCGAUGGCGUCGCCGCUGCUGUACGAUGUUGUGAUAACGGAGACACAGAAGGUUCCUAACCCUGACCCUGAGGAAGUGGCAGCAGGACGCCCAACACUGUACGACACUUGGCUCUUCCGUCACCCAGACCCUCAGCAUCCGGGAAGACCCAGGUUUCUAGGUAUUAAUGAUGGCAGUGACUUUUCUAGUUUCCAGCACAUAUUAGGCAUUCCCUGUAUGGACAUGUACUACACUGCUGCUGAUGAUGAAUCCUCACUGCCUCUUUACCACACACUGUACGAGACCUUCCACCUGGCAGCUGAAAUCUACGACCCUCAGAUGAACUACCACUUGGCCCUCACCCAGUCCUGGGCCUUGAUAGCUCUCUCCUUAGCACAGAAAACUUUGAUUCCCUUCAGUGUUGAGUCGUACGGAGAGUUCCUGAAGGACGCGCUCAUCCCAAUAGAUGAAAAUUACGGCUACUUGCUCAACCAGACCAGCACACAGUACGAGUACUUCAAAGAGGCUGUCAUUACCUUUGCCUCUGCCACUAAGAACUGGACUACCACGUUGUCUCGAGUCGACCUGCAAAAUGCCCUGGCGGUGAGAGCAGCCAACGACGCCAUGAUGAUGCUAGACAGAGCUUUUCUGGACCCCCGCGGCCUACCUGGCCGACCACAUUACAAUCACGUGGUCACUGCUCCCAGUAUGGUAAACUCCUAUACUACUGACACCUUCGCGGGGCUUCAAGACCUUCUCUAUGACCUGGAAUCCUUAACCCCUGAGGAGCAGGUUCUUCGCUGGCGUCAGGUGAAGGAACAUCUGGCCGCUGUGACCCACUUCACUCUCGCCGCUGCUAACAUCCUCUCUUACGAGCUCUGGUGACCUGCAUAGGUCACAGUGACCCACGGUAUCGACAGUGCCAACUUCCUUACCAUCUAAGCUGACCUUCGCUUGACUUGAUACAGGUCACAGUUACCCUCCUCACUCUCGCGUUCUUGACAUACUCACCUACCACUCUUGGUAACCUGCAUUUUUAUCAGAGGGUGGUCACAGUGACCCAAGCCCAUGGAAGAGUGGCGUUAUGUGACCCUGACUGACCUAGAGUGUUUAAAAAUUGGAAUCUUCAUGACUGGAAGGAGUCCAGAUAUUCUAAGUAGAGGUAACCCUUCCGUGAUCAGUAACAGUCUGAUGUGAUAUAAGAUCGGAUCAUUUCUAUUGAUCUGCUAGUAAGGUAAACUUCAUGUGAAGCGAAUUUAAGAAAAAUACGAUAUUUCCAACAAUGUAGCAUUCGAUCUGCAGUUUAGAGAAUUGAUAAUCCCGCAGACUAACCACUGAACGACGUCCAGAUGCACACUACGCUUCAACUGGACCUUGGUGAGCCACCCACCCACUGAAGCACAGAAAUAGUGUAACACAGUAGACACAGUGCGAGGCUGUUUGUGUAUAUUUCUGUAAGGAAGUGUAGAUAAAUGAUUCAGGAUGAUGAAUUAGACACCUGUGCAACACUUGUGCAGACACUUGUGCAACGUUUUGCCAGCCAGUGGCUGGCAAAACGUUUCCACAAUAUAGAUACCCAAGUGUUGCACAAGUGUGUAUUUCCCUUUAAGCAAGUGUUUCUCCCGGUGCAUACAUUUGAUUGGUAUCCUCCAGAGGUACUUAUAUUAACAAACAUUAUUAAUGUAAGUAGAUGAAUGGUUCAGAGAACCGACAAGUUGAUAAAUUAGACACAUGUGCAACACUUGGGUAUCUUUAAUGAGGAAACGUUUCGCCACACAGUGGUUUCAUCAGUCCAUACAAAGGAGAAUGGCGAAGAACAGGAGGAGUUUGAGGUAAUCAGUACUCUCAUUCGUCAAAUGUGUCACCACCUAUGACUGCUGCACCUCUCCUGCCUACAGUAUAUAAGCUACUUCUUCGCACAUAUGCUGUAUUCUUUUCAAGAUUGAUGGACUGAUUACAUCGACUCAAGGCUGAGGGACUGAUCACCUCAAACUCCUCCUGUUCUUUACUAUUCUCCUUUGUAUGGACUGAUGAAGCCACUGUGUGGCGAAACGUUUCCUCAUUAAAGAUACCAAAGUGUUGCACAUGUGUCUUAAUUUAUCAUUAUUAAUUUAAGUUGGGGUAGAGUGAUGGUGAAUAUGCUGUCUCUUCGCCCUGGGUAACUGACGAUUUGUUAAAACAAAUGGCAUGUGUUCAUUUUAGUAUUGGUUUUUGGUAUAUGUAUCAGUCUUGGUAAUACUACAAGUCCUGGUAUUAGCAUUAAUCUUAGUAUAAAUAUAGUUGGAAGGUUAGGUUAGGUAAGGCCUGUCAGGAAACAGGGCAAGUGUUUCCUGACGCGGGUCUUAGUUGGCUUACCUCUCCCCCCUCCUUUUAAAAUUAAGGUUUAAUUAUAACCAUAGUAUUAUUUUUUUUACAGUUGGAACUAAAUGGCUGCCGACACAGGAACUUUUCUUCACCAUUAACAUUAGUGCUCACGCCAAUUAUAAUCUUUGUUUCUUUUCAUUGAUAUUAUUGCUGGUAUUAAUUUUAGUGUUAGAAUAAAUAUUAGUGUUUGUUUUUCAUAUUAAUGCUAUUAUUAAUAUUAUUGUGGCAUUAUUAUGGAUGUUUGUAGAAAUAUUAAUAUUGGUAAUGAUAUUAAAGUUGGUAUUAACAUUAAUAUUCGUAUUAAUAUUAUUAUUGAAAGUUAAGACACAUGUGCAACAUCUGGGUAUCUUUAUUGUAGACGUUUCGCCAUCCAGUGACUUUAUCAAUGCAGAUUCUUGGACACUAUUAGAAGACAGUAGAACUAUAUACAAAAUGAUAGGAUGGAUAAUGAGAACCUUCAAAACUAGGGACGCCAAGCCCAUGAUGAUUCUCUUUAAAUCGCUUGUGAUCUCUAGGCUGGAAUACUGCUGUACACUAACGGCCUCCUUCAAGGCUGGCGACAUUGCAGACCUGGAGAGUGUACAAAGAACUUUCACGGCACACAUAAGUGCGAUAAGGUACCUAAACUACUGGAACGGUUGAAGGUCCUUGAUCUGUAUUCCCUCGAACGCAGGCGAGAGAGAUACAUGAUAAUAUACACUUGGAAAGUCUUGGAGGAAUUGGUACCAAACCUGCACACGAAAAUCACUCCCUAUGAAAGCAAAAGACUCGGCAGGAGAUGCAACAUUCCCCCGAACACAAUAAGUGUCCGGGGCUCAAGACUGUUCAAUUGCCUCCCAGCAUACAUAAAGGGGAUUACCAAGUGACCCCUGGGUGUCUUCAAGAAGGCACUGGACAGACACCUAAAGUCAGUACCUGACCAACCGGGGGCUGUGGUUCGUACCUCAGCUUGCGUGCUGCCAGCAGUAACAGCCUGGUUGAUCAGACCCUGAUCCACCAUGAGGCCUGGUCUCAGACCGGGCCGCGGGGGCGCUGACCUCUGAAACUCUCUCCAGAUAAACUCCAGGUAAUCAGUCCCUCAGCCUUGGAAUUGGUGUUGAGAGCACCGUGGUGGUAGAGAUUCUGGAGCAAAGGCAAGGAGACUGGCGUUUAUAUAGGCGUCAGUGGAUAGGGACGUGUAGCAGACGAGGGCAUAGUCACUGGUAGAAGGGAUUCCCCAGUGGAAGUAGGUCCUACCCAAAGGGAUGGGUUAGUUGUAGUAACCAUGAAGAAGGUCUUGUAGAUGUCCUCUGAACCAAGAUUCCAUGAUGUUGCAGUGUCUGACAAAUUGUGCAAGAAAAGUAUGCAAUACCGACAAGAUGAAAGUUAAGACACAUGUGCAACAUGUGUCUUAACUUUCAUCUUGUCGAUAUUGCAUACCUUAUUUGCACAAUAUUAUUAUUGGAAUUAAUAUUUGUUUGUAUUAUUUUGCGUGUCGGUAUUAAUAUUAAUUUUUGUAUAAUAAGUAUUAGAGUGAGUAUAUGAACAGUACCACAGGCGGGGUUAGAACCCGCGAUCAGAGUCAUAAAACUCCUGACCGACGCGUUAGCCACUGGGCCAGUUGGCUACAAUAACCACUGGGCCAGCUGGCUACAAUAAGAUUCAUCCAACUAGGUAUAUUUCUACACCAUAGUAAAGUUACUUAGGCACCACUGUGACCACAAAUGCAAGUUUUUACAGACGAAUAUCCUGCUAGCGUGGCCGUGACGAACUCUAGCUCAAGUCCCCUCAAAGCCGUCAACAUGAUUCACGAAAUCGUAAUGACACGAUUGCAAACAAAUGUUUGUAAUCGUGUCUACGAUUUCGUGAGUUACAGUGAGCAUAUGUGUUGGCAUGAGUUAAUCAGUGACAUGUAUUCACAAGUAAACAUUGCCAAUAAAAAUUCUUCCAAUAAAAACUGAAAAGUUUAUUUAUUUAGUAUAUAAACAUUCUGCAUAUUUGUCAUUUAUGUCUCGGUGAAUUUAAACCUGUUGUAAUUGAAUCCUAUUAUUUGCUGCUUGGGAAUGUGUUCUUGGUAUACGUAACAAUGGAUCUGCUGUAUCAUACCUCAGCAGUUUGCUGGCUAAAAUGUUAAACCACUGACAGACGUAACUUCAGGUUACGUCUGUCAGUGUAAAUAGGAUUCAGAUCACUAUGGGACACUGUGAAAAACAUUCUGAUGCUGGAGAUAUGAGCUGGUCAAGCAUAUCAUGGUUGUUCCUCCAUCACUGUUGACACCAACAUCUUGACUCAUACUCUCCGUCACAAGAGAAGCAUUAAGGCAAAAGGUGUAUAUUAUGAACACGAAGAACUAUGGGAAUAUUUCCAUUCUCAAAGACAGAUUAUGGAAGAGAGAAAUAUAUGGCGGUGAAGAAAGAGGGAAAGCUAACAAACGGACCGAGAAGACUACACAGCCCAUGGAAAUGCAGAAUGCAGUAGCAGGAAACAAUGCAAUCAACUGCAACGGAAGCUCAAUUCAAGGCUAUUAAGAUCACCUAACCUUGCACUCCCAUUCUCACUCCAGUUCACACCAGCUCCACAACAUUUCCAUCCUCUUUGGUUCCAGAGAGUAUAGUGAUUCCGACAAGACGUGAAAGAAGACACGUACGUAGUUACGAACACAAAAGCACAAUACCAUGACUGGAACAAUACACAAAUUCCGCACAUAAGCGAGAGAAGUUUGCGACUACAUUUCGGUCCUACCUGGACCAUUUACAGUCACUGAUUUUGUAAAUGGCCAAAGAUGGAUCGAAACAUCGUCGUAAACUUCUCUCUCCUUUGUGCGGGUUAUUUGUGCAUUUCGCCACGAGUGACUUCUUUAGUUCUAACAUAGAGACAUCACAGAAGGGAACAUAUAUUAUAGUGACAUGAAGUGAAACAAGUCAGCUGUAAGAAGUGAGAUCAUAUUUGGUAGCAUCUGAUGUCACCUAACAGCUGUGUCCAAGCUGGAUGGAUAACAACUUUAAUCUUAAAUACUUGUAGACGUUGAAGCUGCCUGACGUCUGAGAGGUGGUGUUUGCGACUCCUGUAUCAAUUCAAUCCGGUUAGUUUGAAAAUUGUUUAUUUCAUAAUAUAGUUUAGUAUCAGCAUGUAACAAAUAAAACGCCACUACGCUAUGUCUCAGUUGAUCAUAGUUAAAUAAACAUUCCUCUAGUUGGCUCAUGAUUUUCUAGCCAUCUUGUUGUAGAUUUUAUUACAUCAUUUACACAAAAUAAUGUAGUAUGUGUCAAUAAAGAGCCGAUAAAUACUUAAAAAAUAAUACCCUAGUUUAAAAACUAGCUAAGAUUAAAAAAUGCUAGUCUUAUUAAUCAAUUACUUAAAUUACCUAACUUGUAAUAAGGCAAUAUAAUAUUGUAAUAUUUUUUUCACAUAAAUAGCAGCAUUAUGAUCAAUGGUAUAAAUGGAGUUUUGAGACUCUAAGACCGCGGGUUCUAACUCCGCCCGUGGUAUGGUUUGUUUGCAAUCGUGUCAUUACGAUUUCGUGAGUGAUCCAGUUAGCCGUAUAAGACUGUGACAAAUUCCAACAUGGCAAAUUCUCACUGGCUAGUAAAGAGUUCUGUCAUAAUGAAAUAUUUUCAAGACAGUCGAUUAAUAGAUAGAUUGGAUUAUCGUGUCAUACCGUCAGAUUAAUACUCGAUCAUGUAUGACUAAAUAUGUCACACGAUGUAUAAUUCAUUAAAUUAUAAUUGCUAUGAAAUAAUGUACUUUCAAUAACAGUUUGUUGUCAUGCAUAUAAAAUAUGUUUCUAUGUGAUAUGGUUACUCAAAAACGCCAUGAAGGACGUCGCUCCAUCAGGGGGAGAAAGGUGGGAAUAUUGCGUUGUAUCAGUGUGAAGACAACGAUCACUUACGUACAUAUGUUAACACGUCAAUAACGAAAAGAACCAAGUAUUUCUCUGCAUUUCAUAUUAAACAAUAUAAUCAGAGUACUCACUCUUUAGUAUUUGUUCAGUAAUAUUU